AUGCCACCAGUUCCCCCAGGCUCUCUCAUUCUCGUAACCGGCGGAAACGGCUACAUCGCCGGGGUAACCAUCCAAAAGCUGCUCGCCGCCGGCUUCCGCGUGCGCGGCACAGUCCGCGAUGCUUCCCGCUACGACUGGAUGCCCUCGCAGUACGGACCGAACUUCAGUUUGGUCGAGAUCGCAGACAUGGCGGCGCCGGGUGCUUUCGACGAGGCGGUCAAAGGCGUAGACGGAAUCGCCCAUAUCGCGUCGCCGGUCGUUUUUGUUUCGGACCCGCAAGCCGUGAUUGUGCCCGCAAUACAGAACGCAGUGGGACUGCUCGAAGCUGCUGCGAAGGAAGAGAGCGUAAAAAGCGUCGUGUAUACGUCGUCGAAAGCUGCCUGUGUACAGAUGGAGCCAAAUAAGCCGUAUCACAUCACCCAAUCCUCCUACAACGAAGACAGCAAAGCCGCGUGGACGCUGCCGGUGACGGCCGACUUCGCACGCGCCGCGCUGAACUAUUGCUGCGCGAAGACGGAAUCUGAACAGCGCUGCUUCAAGUGGGUACAAGAGAACAAGCCGCAUUUUACGUUCAACACCGUAGUCCCGAAUGUCAACUUUGGGACGGUAACGCGCCCGGACAAAACUGGCUUCAUCAGUUCCUCAGGGAUCUUGAGGUUUGUGUGGGAGGGAAACUUAGCUGUGGCGGCCAUGUUUCCUCCUGAAUGGUUCGUCGAUGUCGAGGAUUCGGCUUUGCUGCAUAUAGCCGUCCUUACGCAGCCAGACGUGCAGAAUGAGCGCCUCUUCGCGUUUGCUGGGCCAUUUUGCUACAAAGAGAUCCUGGAGAUAUUCAGGAAGUCCUUGCCCGAGAGGAAGUUCGCGGACGAUCCUGAGGAGGUUUUGGACUGCGGUACGGUGGAUAACACGAGGUCAGUCGAGCUGUUGAAGAGAAUGGGGAAGGAGAACGGAUUUUCGAGCCUGGAGGAGGCGGUUAGGAAGUGGAUUCCUUUAAUGUUGAAA